AUGAUCCAGAAUUCUGAAUACCAUCGGGGCGCUAUUGACCAGUUUCAUGUACUGGUCGUUCUUUUCCAAUUGUCAUCGAAGUACAUCCCCGAGUUGUCAGGCAUGUUGCAGGAGCAUGGCGGCGAUGAUGCUUCUCUUUGUGAAUUAUACCUACCAUUCAUCGUGCAAAGUUUUUAUUGUCACCGAGUAUGGAUAACUGCGUACACAGUCAGCGGCAACAACAUCUACGUCACCAUACCGAUAAUUUUAUUUGCAGCUUCGUCUUAUGUACUUAUUCCACCGCAGCAGGCCGGGGCUUUCUUGAACGACGCGGUACUCAAAAUCUCUGUCGCAAGAGCACUUCAGACUGUUUUGUGUGACUCCAUGAUCAGCCUUUCCGUCUACUUUUACCUACGCUCUGCAAGAUCCGGUGUCCACCGUUUGUUGGCUAUCAGCAUAUGCAUCUUGUACUGGGCAAACUCGACUGUUGUCAUCCGCAGGUGUAGGCACGGUUCUCAGAAGUUCAUAUGCAAAUUCGUUACUGUCCAUACUCAACGCAGGGAGGCGACCUGA